AUGACAAGAGUUAACGAUGGGAGCCAAUCUUCGACAAGCACUUACAGUGAUGCCACUGUUCGUAGAACUCUCUACUGUGACUGUGGGGUUUUGUCUCCGUUAAGGACUUCAUGGACAGAGGAAAAUUUGGGUCGAAGGUUCUAUGGGUGUGGACAAUACCAGGGUAGGGUAAGGAGGUGUGGGUUCUUCAAAUGGCAUGAUCCUCUUGUAAAUACACGCCAGAACUUGAUGAUUUCUGGAUUGCUGAGUCAGAUUGAAGUCUUGAAGAAGAAGGAGAUGUUCUUAAUUAGGUGUUUAGGGUUGUGUGUUAUUGUGAUUGUCCUAUUGAUCAUUGUUAUUGGUAUCAUGGUUAUCAAAGCAUGA